AUGGAGAAUCUGAUGUACAAGGAUUGGAAGGCGGAGAAUGAGGCGAAGAUAGGCAUGCGGUUUGGGGAGGUGAAGAGUUCCGGUUUGGAGCAUGUGGAGCUGCCCUUGGAGAUGAGCAGCAGCAGCACCACCACGAGGCAAUCUUCCCUUGUGAAUGGGGGAGAGGAGGCCAAGGAUGCAGAGGAAGAAGAGGAGGAGGUGCAGCAACUACCGGAGGGGCGUAAGGCGAUUACGUCCAAGUGGCUCUUCAAGAUCAAGUCCGACGCCGACGGUAAAAUCGAGCGCUACAAGUCUAGGCUUGUGGCCAAGGGGUACCAGCAGAAGGAGAAGGUGGACUAUAAGGAGUUGUUUGCUCCUGUGGUGAAGCCGACGACGCUGAGAACCCUACUCGCGGGUGCUGCCAUCAAAGGAUGGGUGGUGAAACAAAUGGACGUGACAACCGCAUUCCUCAACGGCGUCCUAGAGGAAGAGAUUUUCAUGGCGCAGCCAGAGGGGUUUGAUGAUGGUAGUGGCAGAGUUCUGAGGCUGAAGAAGGCCCUUCAUGGACUGAAGCAGGCCCCUAGGCAGUGGUACUUGAAGCUGCGAGGAGUUUUGGAGGAGAUAGGCUUCACUCCCUCAUCCACCGAUCAUUCCUUGUUCAUGCUUGGCGAGGGGGAGCAGAGGAGUUUCAUGGUGGUUUAUGUGGAUGACAUCCUCAUUUUCUCACCCUCCUCUGACCUUGUGAAGGAGGUGAUGCUGAAGCUUCAAGACAAGUUCAAGUGCAAGGCCCUUGGUGACGUGAGCUUCUACCUUGGGCUCCACAUCGAACGAGAUGUGGAGAAGCGGUGCAUGCGGGUGCAUCAACGGAAGUACCUAGAGGCAUUGGCUGCCAACUUUGGGCAGAGUGAAGGCCAUGUGGCUACACCGUUUCCUUAUGGGUUCAAGUGUGUGAAGGGACCAGAGGAGGAGAGCGUUGGUGAAGAGGAGAGGCGCCGUUUUCACUCGUUGGUGGGCAGCCUCAUGUACGCGGCGGUAAACACCCGACCGGACGUCGCGUUUGCUACCGGACAGUUAGCCAGGGUUGUUCAAUGCCCUAAUGAGGAGCAAGUAGCAGCUGGAAUGAGGGUGGCCAAGUAUCUUGGCCAAACACCGACCGUUGGGCUGCAAUACUCGGCGGCGGCACAAAGGCGCCAAAAGGGCGCGGAUGGUGUUGAACCCGGGCGUUUGUUCCUCACCGCAUUCUCGGAUGCUUCUUUUGCAUCAGAACCAGAGGACAUGACAAGUUUUGGAGGGUUCAUUUGCUGUGUUGGUGGAGGCAAAACUGCUUGGGAGAGAAAGAAGCAGGUGGAUCAAGCAUUGAGCUCGGUGGAGUCCGAGUACAUGGCACUCUUCCGUGCCGUACGGGAGAUUGUGUGGCAGCGGCGUUUGUUGGCCGAAGUGGGGGAGGAGCAGCAAGGACCUACCCCACUCUACUGCGAUAGCCAAGGUGCCAUUGCUCUUGCUAAGAACCCUGUGUUGCAUGGCCUCACGAAGCACAUGAGGGUGAAGUGGCAUUGGACGAGGAGCAUGGUGGCCGCGGGUGAAGUUGAGUUGCACUAUGUGAAGACGACAAGGCAGCCAGCUGACAUGAUGACCAAGAGGCUGGUGGAGCAGCAGCAUUGGAAGUGUUGCAAGCUGGCUGGGAUGGCUCUGAACUGA